AUGACACAACCUUCACCCUCCUCCGCCUUCUGUAUACAUGCUUCUUUGAUGAAACCAUUAUCUAACAUAUCAUUGAGCAAUAUUGGAUUUAGUCUCCAUAGCAGGCUUGAUUACCUCAAUGCCACUGUUUGCUUCUCAUUGGCCGCCAGAUCAUAUAAUGAUAAACUUGAAGCUUGGGAGCCUCUUGUUGAACCUGUUGAUGGUGUCUUAAGGGAUCCCUUUUAUCUUUCUUUCUCCUUGUUUAAUGUCUUCUUGUUUGGUUUCAAUGUGCAGGUGCAGCCCAAAAUAUCCUUGUCUGUACACGAAGAACUGCAUCUUGGGGAGCACAUAUCUGCUCAUCUGGGACCUACAAUCCAUUUCUUCAAUGUUGUCAAGAGUGAUAUUCAUGAUGUGAUUGAUAAAGAUGGUGAAGGGUUCACUAUGGUCACAAAAAAAGCUGGAAAUGCAGGGACUGCUACUGUGAAGGGGGUACGGUACAGGGGCAUAAUGGGAAAGAGAGUGUGGAUUCUAGGAAAAAAGAGGAAAAAGUGGAGAAGGGAAGGGAUUUUAAGGAUAUCAGCAGAAUCCUAUCCUACUUCUGAUCUGUUGGUCAAUAAUUCUGACAGCGGUCAAAUUGAGGCUAUAGAAUCUAAGUGUGAUACCAGUGUGAAUUCCAAUCUUGGGAACCAUGAUUGUUUAAAUCCUAUGAAUGACAUCCUUGAUACCAUAAAUAAUUGUCAUAAACGGAUUACUCUACCAUACACAGGGGACAAAUACCUGCUUCAUAAACAAAGCACAAAAUGGAUCACAGUUAUGACAAUGGCGCCUCCAAGGCUGGAAAACGGUGUCGGGGUGUUAGAUAAGCCAGUAAUAGAGAAAACAACUCUUGGAAGAGAGUCUGAAUUUGACUUGAGGAAAUCAAGGAAAAUGGCACCACCAUAUAGAGUGAUGCUACACAAUGACAACUACAACAAGAGGGAAUAUGUUGUGCAAGUGUUGAUGAAGUUAACUAGAAUUGGUCGAGAUGCAGUUUUAUAUGUUGAGUCGCUCGUUGAGUCAAUCAUGGGAGGAUUUGAAGAGCUAAUCAACAUUCUUGGUUCUGAAGGAGCAUCUACCAGAAGUCAGCUGAAACUACAAAUGGCUUUUGAUGGGCAGGAAAGAUAUAUGAAGAGAUCUUGGGAGCCAAGUGAUAAAGCUGAUCUUCACUUUGUCUACAAAGAUGUUGAAGGAGUAUCAACUCAAUGGGAUGAUAUUCAAAGAAAACUCAGGAACUUACCUCCUAAACCCUCUGCCUUCAAACCCGAUCCCUUCACUCCUGCAGAAGAUGAAGAUUCCAAACCUAAAACCAAAUCUCGGAUCGAUAAAAAGACAGAAGAACUCAAAGAUUUAGAAGAUGAUCUUGAUGAUAGUUGUUUCCUCAAAGAAUACAAAAAGAGGUUAGCAGAGAUGAAGCGAACAGUGGAAGUUUGA